UUUGUAUAAAUGGCAAGACAUGUCCUGGUUUUUAGAGUCUUUGGAUUUCAGCAUGAUUCCUUCUCAGUUGUUCGUUUCUGCAGCAUUUUCAGUUUUCUGUGUCGCAAAAGUCAUCUCCCUGGAUACUUUUAUCGCAGCUGUUUAUGAACAUGCAGUGAUAUUGCCUAAUGCUAUCCCAACACCAGUGUCUCCUGAAGAGGCGUUGGCAUUGAUGAAUAGGAACCUGGAUCUUCUGGAAGGAGCAAUCACAGCAGCGGCCAAGCAGGGUGCACAUAUUAUUGUGACUCCAGAAGAUGGUAUUUACGGCGUCAAUUUCACCAGGGAUUCUAUCUACCCCUACUUGGAGGAUAUUCCAGGCCCUCAAGUGAAUUGGAUCCCCUGUGAUAAUCCUAACAGAUUUGGCCACACCCCUGUACAAGAAAGACUCAGCUGCCUGGCCAAGGACAAUGCUAUCUACGUGGUGGCAAAUAUAGGGGACAAGAAGCCAUGCAACUCCAGUGACCCUCAGUGUCCUCCUCAUGGCCGUUACCAAUAUAACACCAAUGUGGUGUUCGAUUCUCAGGGGAAGCUGGUGGCCCGCUACCAUAAGCAAAACCUUUUCAUGGGUGAAGAGCAAUUCGAUACACCCAAGGAGGUUGAGAUAGUGACUUUCGACACCGCUUUUGGAAAGUUUGGCAUUUUCACGUGCUUUGACAUCCUCUUCCAUGAUCCUGCUGUCACGCUGGUGAAAGAUUUCCAUGUGAACACCAUACUUUUCCCCGCGGCUUGGAUGAAUGUUCUGCCACAUUUGUCAGCCAUUGAGUUCCAUUCAGCUUGGGCUAUGGGAAUGGGUGUCAAUUUUCUUGCUUCCAAUUUACAUAACCCCUUGAAGAGAAUGACAGGAAGUGGCAUCUAUGCGCCAGAUUUUCCAAGAAGAUUUCACUAUGAUAUGAAGACCAAGGAGGGAAAACUCCUGCUGUCCCAACUGGAUUCCCGUCCAUAUCGCCCCACAGUGAAUUGGACUUCUUAUGCCAGCGGUAUAGAAGCCCUCCCAACAGGAAGCCAGGGAUUUAAAGGAACGGUCUUUUUUGAUGAAUACAUCUUUGUGGAGCUCAAAGGAAUCACAGGGAAUUACACAGUUUGCCAGAAAGAUCUCUGUUGUCAUCUAAGCUACCAGAUGUCUGAGAAGAGGUCGGAUGAAGUUUAUGCCUUAGGAGCGUUCGAUGGGUUGCAUACGGCUGAAGGAUGUUAUUAUCUGCAGAUUUGCACCCUGCUGAAGUGUAAAACCACUGAUUUAAAGAGCUGUGGUGGCUCAGUUGACACGGCUGCUACCAGGUUCGAGGCAUUCUCCCUCAGUGGCACUUUUGGGACCCAGUAUGUCUUCCCUGAGGUUUUGCUGAGUGAAGUUCAGCUCGCACCCGGAGAAUUUCAGGUGACGAGUGAUGGGCGCUUGCUGAGCCUGCGGCCGACCUCGAGACCUGUCUUGACAGUCACUUUGUUUGGGAGGCUGUACGACAAGGAUGAGACAAACGGCUCACCCAGGCUCACAGCCGCCAUGCCACGAGUACUGUUAAUGGUGAUAACAUCGGUUGUAUAUUCAUUGUGUUGGUAGGAUAGUUACAUAUAUCUUUUAUUUGGGAUAAUUUAAACAUGAGAGCUGAGUAAAGGACUAGUCUGGGCUUUUGCUAAUAGUAAACAACUCUGAUAUCAAUGAAUGAUUAAAACACAUUCACUUAGAUAAACACACAUGGCAGAAAUGUAAGCUGAGUAUAAUAUAUAUUAAGGUAAAUUAAAAAAAAACUGUGGUAGAUAAUUUGUCUUUCUUAGAACUGAGGAACUUGUACCGACUGAGCGUCACACACAUGCAGAGGAAAUAAAAAUUUCAGUUGAAAAGCACAUCAAAAUAUACCACAGUAUACUUUUCCAUUAUCACUUUAAUUUUAUCUCUUACUCAGUUCUGCUUAAGAUUUCCAGUGAUUGUUUCCUCUGCUAAUUGUUUACCUGAUUUACCAAUAUAUUUCAUUUCUCUUAUGGGCCGAAUAGUGUCCCCCAGAUUAGAUAGUUGAAGGCCUUAGCUCCCAGUACCUCCAAAUGUGACUGAUUUGCAGAAUAUUUGAAGGGAUAAAAUGAGUUCACGAGGGUGAUCGUGAGUCAGUGUACUAAUGUCCUCAUGAGAAGAGGGAAUUCGGACGCCAGGUACAGAAUGGAGCUGCAUAAUCCUCCAGAGGAGGUUGCCAGCCUCAAGCCAAGGAGAGAUGUCUCAGGAGAAUUCAAACCUGCCACCCUGUGGAUCUUGAACUUCUAGCCCCCAGAAUCAUGAGACAAUACAUUUCUGUUAUCCAAGUGAUUCGAUCUGUGGCACUUUGUUAAGGCAGCCGUGGCAAACUAAUAUGAAGUUCUGUCUGCCUUCCUUGCUUGUCCUUCACCGUCUUCCUCCAUAACCAAAUUCUUGCCUAGUAGGAACAUCCGGCUCACCUGAGUGUCCACAACUGCAGCACAGCCUUCCGGGGAAGAGCUGCUGAAGCCUUGAUAGUGAAACCAGCAGAGCGCGGGAGGUCCGUAGGAGUCAGAAACCAGAAAGUCACAAUGUUGAUAAACAGUAUUUAAUGGAGUGAGAGCGAGGCACGUCCUUUUUCAGUAAUAGCAGAAUCUUGCAACAUUGUACAUCUUAGUGAAACAAAAAUCAUCCUUGGCGGUUUAUAUCUCUCAACUGAUACUGCCCCCAGGACACUGAUGUCUGUCACAGCCUCUGUGCCAGAAGCCCUUCUCCAAGAGCAAUAGGG